AUGGGGAACUUUACAAAGUUGGUUGCAGAAUUGAAUCUCCUGUGCUAUUUACAAUUGAAGAGCAAUAAUGCGGAUUUCGAGCGCUUCGAUUAUAAUCAAGCAAUGCCAAUGGUUUCCCCCACCUAUCUCAUUAUCAAUCUUACAGCAUUAUGCAGAAAGGUUCGGUUGAAGAGGGUGCGACACAUUUUUUCUCUGUCACAGAAACCCACUGUAAAUUCUUGUACAAACCAUCAAUUCUUGGAAACCUGCGUUUCCAAGAAAACACUUUCAGAGGGUAAGGAAAUCCACUCCCACACCAAUCAGAAGGAAUAUAAACAUCCCAAACGCAAACUUUUACAAGAUACGCUUAUACGCAUGUAUGAUCAUUGUGGAGGUUUAGUUAAUGCACGCGAAGUGUUUGAUCAAAUGACUGAACGAGAUGUCUUGUCAUGGAAUGCGAUCAUUGCAGCUUAUAGAAGACAUGGGUAUCCUCUCGAUGCAUUGACACUGUUUCACCAAAUGGAAGCAAAUGACAUCCAACCCGAUCAGUUCACCUUUUCCAGCAUACUCCCAGCUUGUGCCAAAAUAAGAGCUUUGGAACAGGGUAUGUACAUGCAUCAAAGCAUAAUGGAAAGGGGAUUUUCUUCGGAUGAUGUAGUUGCAAAUGCGCUGGUAGAUAUGUAUGCAAAAUGUGGGAGAAUAUACAAGGCACGCGAGCUGUUCGACAAAAUGACCCAGAAAAAUGUAGUCUCGUGGACCGCGAUGGUUGCGGGAUAUGCACAAAAUGGUGUUCUCGAUGAGGCUUUGACGCUUUUUCAAGAAAUGCCUCAAAGAAAUGUGGUGUCAUGGAAUGCAAUGAUUGCGGGAUUUGUACAAAAUGGGUUUGUUGAAAAGGCUUUGGAAAUUUUUCAGCAAAUGCGAUUGGCACACAUAAAGCCAGUCUCGACAACCUUUGCCAAUGCUGCAGUUUCAAGCGCCCUCGUAGACAUGUAUGCAAAGUGUGGAAGCAUACAUACUGCUCGACAACUGUUUGACAGAAUUCUUCGAAGAGAUGUGGUUUCAUGGACUGCAAUGAUUGCAGGAUAUACACAAAAUGGGUUUGCUGGAAAAUCUUUGGAAACUUUUAAGCAAAUGCAAUUGGCAGGAUAUGCACAAAAUGGAUUCGUCGAGAAAGCCUUGGAAACUUAUAAGCAAAUGCAACUGGCAGGAGUAAAGCCAGACUCGACAACCUUUAUAAGCAUUCUCCCAGCCUGUGCCAAAAUGGGGGCUUUAGAACAGGGGAUAAACAUCCAUCAAAACAUAAUUGAAAGAUAUGCACAAAACGGUUUUUGUAAUGAUGCUCUCAAAUUAUUUGAACUAAUGAAGCACUUUAAAACAAACCCUAACAAUGUAAGCUUUGCUUGUGUUUUAUUAGCAUGCAGCCAUGCAGGAUUAGUGAACAAGGGUUGUGGAUAUUUCAGUGUCAUGAGUGACUCUUACUGCAUUGCCCCUACAAUUGAUCAUUAUGCAUGCAUAGUUGACCUCCUUGGCCGUGCUGGCUAUCUUGAGGAAACCCUAAAUUUUAUCAUCAAAAUGCCAAUGAAACCCGUUGUGGUUGUGUGGACAUGUCUGCUCGGUGCCUGUAAAUCACAUAAGAAUAUAGGGUUAGCAAUAUAUACAGCAACUCUUUUAAUUGAGUUGGAUCCUAGAAAUACUGCUACUUAUGUUCUUCUAGCAAACAUCUAUGCAGAAGUGGGCAGGUGGGGAGACAGAUCACACCCACAGGCACAGGAGAUCCAUGCAAAGUUGGAUGAAUUGUCUCAGGACAUGAAGGCAGCAGGGUAUUUUCCAGGUUCAAGACAUGCACUGAAUGAUGUAGAGGAGGAAGAAAAAGAACUAUUCCUCUGCCACCAUAGUGAGAAGUUGGCAAUUGCAUUCGGACUGUUAAACACGCCCCCUGGAACAACUAUUAGAGUUGUCAAGAACCUUCGAGUAUGUGUUGAAUGCCACAAUGCAACCAAGUUUAUUUCCAAGAUUGUUGCAAGAGAAAUCAUUGUGAGGGAUGCAAACCGGUUCCAUCAUUUCAAACAAGGCCAAUGUUCUUGCGGAGAUUAUUGGUGA